AUGGUGCUUACUCCGGACGCAGUUGUCAUGGAGAUGGAAAAGCUCUCCUCCGGUGGCACUGUUACCAUGGAGAUCCCCGUCGCAGCGGAGCGAGCGGAGCCGGAGGAGAGCGUUCAGCACCACGGACAGCAGCACCGGAAACACCGCAUGCUGGUCGCCAUCGGAGAGAUUUCCACCGGCCAUCACCUCGACGCCGCCAAGGAACAGAUCACACAAGGUUUGCGUUCCUGGAGCAUCGACCCGACGGUCUGUGACCUGAACACGGAGCUGCAGCUGUUCAAGGCCAGGCACACCGCGCAGUUCUCUUCACAGGUCAAAGGUCAACGGAUUCUCCAGUAUCAGAGUGAUGUCCUCGAGACAGUGGUGCUGGUGAACCCAUCCGAGGAGACUGCUGCCUCCGAGAUUCGCUCUCUAAUCACUGACUCUGCCGGGAAUAAGUUGCUGAUACUGAGCGGCCAGAGCUCCGAGCAGGGAGGCGACAUCCUACUGCAAGCUGGAGCCUUCACCUGGCAGCACUUCUCCGACAUCGUCUCCAACCCUCAAGUGAUUGAAAUCCUGUCCAAGGCCUCUUCAGAGAAGCCAUCCAGGCUCACAGUUUCCUGUCAGGGAGACGGGGGCUGGAGCUCCCUUGGCCAAAGCCAGGAGCAGCAGUCAUUUCAAAGUUUUCUGGAAUACCGCCUGAAUCCCGAACCUCACCUGCCUGAGAUGGACGGAGUCACGGAGUUCACUGAGUACGUCUCGGAGACGGUCGAUGUGCCGUCGUCCUUUGACCUCCUGGAGCCCCCGACCUCUGGAGGUUUUCUGAAGCUGUCCAAACCCUGCUGCUACAUCUUCCCCGGCGGCCGGGGGGACUCCGCUCUGUUCGCCGUCAACGGAUUCAACAUCCUGGUGGAUGGAGGGUCCGAUCGGAAGUCUUGCUUUUGGAAGCUGGUUCGCCACCUGGACAGGAUCGACUCCGUUCUGCUCACCCACAUCGGUGCAGACAACCUCCCAGGCAUCAAUGGGUUGUUCCAGAGGAAGAUUGCGGAGCAAGAAGAGGUGCGCAACCAAGGAAGUGGAUCCAGUAGCCUGAUCUCUCCUGAGCUCGGGAUUGUGUUUUUUAACAUCCCAGAGAAGCUUCGAAUGCCUGAGUCCACGAUGAAAGUGAAGCGCAGCAUUGAGGAAGCUUCUCUUACCUUGCAGUACCUCAACAAGCUCGGUAUCACACCGGAGCCUCUUCACAGGGUGGUCAGCAACACUAUUGAACCCAUUACACUAUUCCACAAACUUGGUGUGGGAAAGUUAGACAUGUACGUCUUAAACCCUGUAAAGGAGAGCAAAGAGAUGCAGUUUCUAAUGCAGAAAUGGGCUGGGAACAGCAAAGCCAAGACAGGGAUUACGAUGGCCAAUGGAAAAGAAGGAGAAAUAUCGGUGCCCUAUUUGACAUCAGUUACCGCUCUUAUUGUAUGGAUUCCUCACCGUCCAACAGAAAAGAUAGUUAGGGUGCUCUUCCCUGGAAAUGCACCGCAAAAUAAAAUCUUCGAGGGCCUUGAGAAACUGAAACACCUCGACUUCCUGCGAUACCCUGUGGCUACCCAAAAAGAAAUGUCUUCCGGCGCACCUCCUCCCAUUAUCAAAACAACAAAAAUGAGAUCAAGAACUGACAGCAAAGAGAGUCUCAAGUCUUCACCGAAACCUCACUCUAAAACCACAAAGAAAGAAGCCGGUGGGCAGGAGGAAGAGUCCAAGAGUGAAAUCACUAAAGAGAAUAAGGUGGAAAAGAAGGAAGAGAAGAAAUUCAAAAGUCUAAAAGCCACCAAGCAACAGAAAAACAUUGAGGUGGCCCCUGUGGCAGCCAAGACAGAGAAAAAGAAAAUACCCAAGGAAAAAAGUGCCAAGAAUGAGAAGGUGUCCAAGAUGGAUGAAAAGAAAGACAAAGAGAAAAAAGAAAUCAAGAAAGAGAAACGUGAAGUAAAGAAGGAUGACAAUAUAAGAAAAGAAGAGAAAAAGGAAAGUAAAGCCAGGGAGGAUAAAAAGAAGGACCCGAGUAAACCGGAGCUGAGGAAAAUCACUAAACCUGACCUGAAGCCACUCACCCCUGAAGUGAGAAAAACUCUGCAUAAGGCGAAGACUCAGGCUAAGCCGAAGACGGACAAAAACAAAGCCGUGAAAGAGGAAGCGCUUGAGAAAAAGCCAGUCCCGAAGAACAUCCCAGAGGAGAUCGCAGCAGCAGCUUUGGCUGACAGGUCCAUCGUGUCCUCCCCAGAGGACCUCACUGAGGACUUUGAGGCUCUGAAACAAGAAGAGCGGUCCAAAGUGAAGACUGAGCCAAUCCAGAAUGACGUGAUGUUUGGUCAGUCACUGCACACAGAAACCAAAGUCCCGUCUUUAGUUUUCAAUGAUGAGAAAGUCACAUCACCAGCUACUGAUGCAAAAUCAGCUUCGCCCAAAACCCCUGUCGAACCGAUAAAAGACGACAAAGACAAAGACGCUGCAUUGCGAGUCGCAGCCGCUGAGAAGAGGGAACCAAGCGAUGACUUCGACAAGAAGUACGAAGAGGAGAAAAUGGAGAAAUAUGACAAAUACCUUGCAAAGGACGACGUAAGAGACAGAUCGAAGAAGAGCGAAAGCUCAGAGGAGGAGGGUGACGUCAUUGAAAAAGCUGACCUUGAAGGAACAGAAGACGACGAGUUCCUGAAAUAUAAAACAGAGGAGGCGAAAAGGGAGAAAACUGGAAAGGAAUGGGACGACAAGCCGGCUGACCCAAAACCUCCGUCAACCACAGCCCCGUGUGGGCAAGCAGCAGCCUCCGCCUCGGAGCAGUUCUCCUUCAUCCAAGACGAAACCAUCCCCGGCUACUCCGAGACCGAACAGACCAUCUCUGAUGAGGAGAUCCACGAGGAACCGGAAGAUAGGAUCCCACAGCUGCACUACGAUGUGGGCUCCUACGAAGUCUCUGUCCCCGACGUCCCUGGUACCUUUGACUCCAUGCACGGUAUAAAAGAGAUGAAGUGCCCCGGCCUGUCCGACGUCAAACCCAGAGCCUUCAUGGGAGGUCACGAGCAUGAACUUGCACAUUACCCCACCAUCCUCGCCGCUCCUCUUGCAGAGGAGGAGCACAUCUCCUCGGCGACUUCCAUCACAGAAUAUGACAAACUGUCGUCCUUUGCCACGUCUGUAGCCGAGGACCAGUCGAUAGCCUCUGUGACGGCGCCUCAGACCGAGGAGGCUGGGAAGAACUCUCUGAUGCUGGACACCAUCAACAGUAUUCCCUCACGGGCCGAGGCCGGCCAGGGGAAGGACUAUCUCCACUCAGCGGGAACCAUUUCGCCCACUUCUUCUCUGGAGGACGACAAGGGCUUCAAGUCUCCCUCCUCUGAUGAGUACCAGCCCAACAUUCCUGAGCUGGAGGGUGAUGCAAAGAUCAAAUCGGUGCACGAAGAAGACGAGGACGAGGAGGACGAGGACGAGGACCAGACUCCUAACGUCGACAUCCCUCUGGGUAAACUGCAAGAGGGCUACGAACAAGCAGCCUUCAUGAUGCUCCAGGAGAAGCAGAAAUCACCCUCUGCCACCUUUUCUCCUCCUCCUCUCUUUUCUACCUUGCAGUACUCUCCCACACAGGCUGUCAAAGAAAACCAGUCUCUCUUUAGCUCAGAGGGUUUUAAGACCGAUAUAAAGCCUAUUUCACCCCCUUCGCCUUUCUCCCCUAAGUUAGAAGAGUUCCACUUCAGGCAGGAGAGUGAGGAAAGAUGUCUAAGUCCAGAUGAUAGCACCAUGAAACUGGCCUCACCCACACAGUCUGUCCCUACAAGCAGUGGCUACUCUCCAACAGAAGAGAAACCCUUUAAGAUAGAAGACAAAGAUGAAGCCGAUAAAUCAGCCAAUGUCUCAGACAGUACGGCCUUUAUCUGUGACAAGACAGCGUCUGAAGAGUCCGAAGAAUCCAGUGAAGACAACGAGGAGGAAGAUGACUCUUACACCAAAAAGGAUCUACAGCCCACUGUUAAGGCCAAGCUUAUGGAGGCAAAAGAAGGUUGCUUCUUGGACGACGACUUCGCCUCUGAGGCAAAAUCUGCCAAGAUAGAAACAGAAGUCAAGAGCUCGGACAAGACGGAGGUGUUUUCCAGCACAGAGAAACCGCAAUCUGAAGAGAUUUACUCGGAUGAAGAUGAACAAGAUGAUGAUUUCCAAAGUGGGGAAGGCUCCCAUAAGCCCUUCUCAACAGAACAAAGUAAAGUAGACUCAGAAAAAGAAAGCGCAGAGGAAAUAGAUGCCGCUUUAAAGGAGCAAGAUAAAAGUGUUCAUUUCAGCCUCUACAAUUAUCCGGAGAAGGAAAGCAAGGAAAAGGCAUUGUAUAUAAGACAGGACACGCCCUAUGUUCAUGGCAAAACAUUCUCUUACAGUGACAUAUACGGCUCAGUGGACUCCGAUUCGUAUCGUCAGGAGUCUUUCGAUAAAGUGGAGAAGGACUCUGCAAAAGAUGAAGUGGAUUCGCAGAAACUAGAGCCUCCCCUGGCUCCGGUAACAACCAUGGACAAGAUGUCAGAGAAGGAGGGAUCUACCGUCUCUUAUGGAAAAGAGUCCUCCGCCUCACCGUGGCUCGACUCAAAGAGCACUUCUGCUACCCCUCCAUUUGAAGAUGUCCAAAAAGAGGAGGCAUUCGGAUACGACACAGGUAGCCGAUUCCCUUCAGUGGCUGAUAGACCCGAGGCCUCGUCCACUUCUCUGUCGCCAGAAAGAGACGAUUCUUUUAAAAGCCAGACUGACGGCACGAAGCCCCAGAAGUACUCCUCGAUGACACCGUUUGACGACAUUACCGCAGGCUACGGUGAGAAGGGAGGGUGUUUGGAGGUAGACAUGCGAAAACUGACAGCAAGGGAUGAGGAGGACUAUGAUGACGAUGUCGUCGAUGAAGACGAUGAUGACGAGGAAGACGAAGAUGAGGAGGAGGACGAAGACGACGACGGGGUUGCGGUUGAUUCUGAUAUGGAGAAAGGCGCCAAAGAGAAGUCAGAGAAGGAAGUAAAAAGUCCAAUCAGUGAAAUGUUUUGCUCAAAGAGGCCUGAAUUUAUGGCUGGAUACGGCCAGGGGAUGCCAAGCAGCUCCAGCUCACUCGCAAAGACUGAACACGAAGCAAAGACUGACUCUUCAUCCCUCGCUGGAAAGCCAACAGAUUUAGGAGCUACGGCUUUCUCUGGCUACUCCUCAGGGUUUGAGUACUCGUAUGGGAGUGGUGAGAAAGACUUGUUUUUAUCAAAUCAGACCACAGAUAAAGGUAAAGAGGAUUUCACUUUGAAAUCAACAGAGGACAGUUAUUACCAGAAUCAAAAAGCCGAUGCUGAUUCUGAGAAACAGAAAACACCAGACCUUCUGAGUAAGUCAUCACUGGACACAAGCUUUCAGUACACGACCACCGCUGCCCCUGGGUACUCCUCUUCUUCGGCCUAUAGCUACUCCUCCUCCACCUCGGGCUCCCUCUCCACCAGUCGUCAGUUCGGAGAGGAGCUGGGGACGUCCGCCGAGCCUCUCUUUGAGUACUCCUCCUUUAAAGAUGAACACUCACUGGUCAUGGACCCUUCCUUCUCUGGCGGCGCCAAAGACGACUAUCUGGAAGUGUCUGAGAAACAGAUCGCAGCUACAACCGCGGCCGAGUCCACCUCCAGCUUAGCUCGUUUCUCACCCCAAAGCCCAUUCGAGGAGGUCAAGUCCUUCCCCUCACUCUCGUCCACUGCCUUUGCCGAUGACAAGAAGGAGCAUACAACCUUAUUGGGUGGAGUUACGGACAAAGGCCCUCAAUCGGACUGCUUCUAUAAGCCUGAAUGGUCUGAAAGGUCCAAGCUGGACACGGCUGUUGGGUAUGGGGCCUCAGCAGGACCGUUUGCUCAACAUUCAGAUAUCUCCAAAGACAAAGAGGCAUCCAGUGCCGCCCUGUUUGGUGUCACUUCAUCACCGCGCCCUGACAUAGAAGGCAAGCAUUACUUUGAGGAGACGGACAGUAGCGAGGAAGAGGAUGAGGAGGCUUACAUGCGUGAGAUGACUCGGAGGUCGCCUUCCGGCGGCCUGGCUGGUAGCCUCUCAUUUUCUGACAAGCCCGUUGCUCCAGCGGCCUGUGAAAAGACAGAAGGUGGUCUCCCCAAUGUUCUCGGCUCCUACAUGCCCUCACCUCUCCAGGCCAACAAGCAGGACACCAUCAACGGCCCCACGGAGGUCAACGCAAGCGCCGCCUCAAUCCCUGCUGGUGCGGCUGCUGGUGCAGCAGCCGGCGGUUUGUCUUCAGGCCCGCCCAAGGAGGAGCCCAGAGAGGGAGCAGCUUAUAGGAGCUCUUUCGAGUGGGAGAUGUCAAAGACCCAGAUAGGGAUGGUGCCCGGAGACUCCCCUCCCCACUACCGUCACGAUGACGAGUUCGAAGAGGAGUGCGAGAUGGAGCCAGAGCACCCGGCCCGCCCGCUGUCCCUCUCCUCAACCGAUCAGCCGUUUCGCUCUCCGUUCUACGCCGAGGAGUGCAGCCGAGGAGGGCAGGACGACGACGAUGACGACGACAGCGAUCCGGAUCUUGCCGGCGAUGUGCCCAUGGGAGCCACCUCCUCUUACGCCAGUCGCAGCUCUCCUGGGUAUUCCUCCUCCGAGAGCAGGCAGCCCAAACAGGACCUCUCGCCAUCCUUCAUCAACCCGUGCAUGCGGCAGUUGUCCAGCGACGAGGACGAUGAGGAGCGUGAACGCAGAAGCGAUCAAUCGCAAGAGGCCGAUGGACACGAUCUGUCGGCCAAGACGAGGGCUCACAAGCUGCCCCAUCACCCCAGCGGCUCUCUGCAGUUAGCCGGCGGUAUGUCGGCAGGGCUGGUUCUGGCCACGGAGGACACACCGCCCACCUCCGUCAGCGAGUCUUUAGGCUCUCAGUCAGACUCCGAUGUCCCUCCAGGCACCGAGGAGUACCCUUCGGCCACCGGCGAAGGCAACAUGGACUCAGACGAGGACGCAGACUACAUGCCCAUUGAUAAAUUAUCUGCCACGGGAGGAGGAAGCCAUCAUUCCUCUAAGAGGAGCAACGACCCUCCUCCCGCUCCCCUCAUGGACCCCUACCCUCAACCCCCACGCCCAGACGUUUGCAUGGUGGACCCUGAUGCUCUGGAUAACGGCAUAGUGAAGAAGGAGCCAAAAGCCAAGGGCUUAAAGAAGACUUCGGGGAAAACCAAAUCGGCGUCCCCGGCCAGGCGCAAGAGGUCGCCCAUGCCCGUCAAACAGAUGCCGUCUCCUCGCAGCGCCUCGCUGAAGAAGAAGGAGGCCGACAAGAGCUCUCGCAUGUCUCGCAUGUCGGACGGACAGGGCUCCAAAGACGACGACCUCUCCAGGUCGAGCUACAACCCCGGCAAGACGCUGACCAACGGUGUCAAGAGCAGUUCAGGAUCUCAGAAGACCGGCUCUGCAGUUGCUCCCGGCCUUCCCAUUUAUGUGGACUUGGCCUACAUUCCCAACCACUGCAACGCCAAGAACGUGGACCAAGAGUUCUUCAAGCGCGUUCGCUCCGCGUACUACGUGGUGAGCGGGAACGACGCGGCGAGCGGCGAACCCGGCCGAGGAGUCCUGGACGCGCUGCUGGACGGCAAAGCUCAGUGGGGAUCGAACCUACAGGUGACACUGAUCCCGACCCACGACACGGAGGUGACCCGUGACUGGUACCAGCAGACCCACGAGAGGCAGCAGGAGCUCAACAUCAUGGUCUUGGCCUCCAGCAGCACCGUCGUCAUGCAGGACGAGUCCUUCCCCGCCUGCAAGAUCGAGUUCUAG